CAACCAUCAUCCUUUUUCUGUUUCCCAUCGUGCUUUCCGCUCCUUCCUCUCUGCAACCCUUGUCAGAGAAAAAAAAAAAAAAAAAGACAGUGAGAAAAUUGAAAAUGAAGAGAAAAACGCACCCUCUGAAUUUCAAGAUCUCCCUAAGAUUUCCAUCAAAAUCCCUCAACUUUCCUAAAUGGGGUUCGUACAGACACUGCCGUUGCAGGCUUUUUUUCACAGCCGUCUUUACUAUUAUUAUUACUACUGCUGCCAUGCACAAAAGAUGUGCCUCGAGAGAGCCUCAGAGUCUCUCAGACCACGCCCUUGUUUUCACUCAUAGCCUGUGGCAAUAAUGGCUCCCUUUUUAGCCUUAUUAUCGCUGUUUCUCUUACCCUUUCAGCCUCAUUUUCUCCCUGCAACCCAAAACAUUUAUGUACCCUGCUGUUGUUGCAGAACCCAUUUCUUAUUUCUUUCGAUUUUUUGUGUUUCUGGGUUGUAAUAAUCAUUGUCAGGCAGCCUAUUUACUGUCUUCGCCACUCACUUUUGGCAUAGCGUUCACACCUAGCAUAAUUUGAUGUCAUGUCUUGUUUGUUAUUUCCUAUUACUGCUACUUCUUCUUGUUUCUACUGCAAGCACUCGAGCAUUUACUGCUUAUUACUACUUCAGAAUCACUGGCAGUUCUUGCUGCCGGGCCUAUUUCUUCACUCUUUCGUUUAAAUUUGAGUGAUUUAGAGGAUCGAGAAAAUCGUAAAAGUUCGAGAGCAAAUGGCUGCUUCGUCGGGCUAUUCUUCCUCUGCGCCGCCGCUGCCGCCACCACGUCCAAAGUCGCCUCCGCAGUAUCCUGAUUUAUACGGGAAGCGCCGUGAAAUGGCGAAGGUUCAGAUGCUUGAAAGAGAGAUUAGUUUUCUUGAGGAGGAAUUAAAAUCCGUUCAAAGCCUUCAACCUGCUUCUAGAUGCUGCAAAGAGGUUGCUGAUUAUGUGGUGGCAAACUCAGAUCCUUUUAUAGCUACAAAUCGGAAGAAUCGUCGGCGCUGUCGCUUCUGGAAAUGGCUGUGUCGAAUGCCUUGUUUUAACCUCUCUUGGAUCUGCUGCUGCUGCUGCUAUAAUGGGUGCUCACUUCAUCUAGAAAUGCCGCGCUGCUGUCGUGACUGCAAUCCAUGUAAAUCUUGUUCCUGUGCCAGCUGCUGCUGCUGUAAAUGCAAUAGAUGUAACUGUGGUUCUUGUCUCCAAUGUGGUUCCUGCGGCUGCAAUACAUGUAACUGUGGUUCCUGUGUCCCCUCUGCUUCCUGUGACUGCAACACAUCUGUCAUUUACCGAAGUGGCGGUGUUGUGCUUUUCCCCCAUCAAAUUGCUGUAAAACAGAUUCGUGCAUCAGAAAUUGUUGCAAUUGUCCAUCUCCUUCAUGCCCAGAUUGCUCUUGCUGCAUUUGGAGAUGUUCACGUCCUAAAUGUCCAAAGGUACGCCGUUGCUGCUGUUGUACAAAAACUUGUUGUAACCCUUGUUAUCUAUGUUACUAGCAUAUUCAAGCAUUUCCAUUCAGGAGUAUUGUUCUUCAAAUUUAUUGUAAAUGGGGUAAUAGGUAGAUUUGUUGUGGAGACAUCAGCUUCUUCUGAGAUUGUUGGAUUAGUUUUGACAAAUAGCACAUAUCUCAGAUCACAUUAUCGGCAGUUUUAUCUCUGGUUGUGUUCUCAAAAACCAAAACCAGGAACUUAAAAGCCAGAACAAUGUAUUAAAUGGCUGUUGUAUGCAGUGCCAUAAAUACAUUAUAUGUUUCAAUCCA